AAGGUUGGUUCUCAAGAUGGCGGCCCUCAAUGCGCUGGUGUCCGGCUGUGGUCGGCUUUUCCGAGGGCUCCUGGCGAGUCCAGCCACAACCAACUGGGCUCGGCUUCCAGCUCGCGGGUUCAGGGAAGUGGUGGAGAUCCAAGAAGGAAAGACAACUAUAAUUGAAGGCCGCAUCACAGCGACUCCCAAGGAGAGUCCAAAUCCUCCUAACCCCUCUGGCCAAUGCCCCAUCUGCCGUUGGAAUCUGAAGCACAAGUACGACUAUGUGGAUGUUUUGCUGCUCAGUCAGUUCAUCCGGCCUCACGGAGGCAUGCUGCCCCGCAAGAUCACAGGCCUGUGUCAGGAGGAACACCGAAAGAUUGCGGAGUGUGUGAAGAUGGCCCACCGAGCAGGUCUGCUCCCAAAUCACAGGCCUCUGCUUCCUGAAGGAUUUGUUCCAAAGAGCAAACCCCAACUCAACCGGUACCUGACCCGCUGGUCUCCCCGUUCUGUCAAGCCCAUCUACAAUAAAGGCCACCGCUGGAACAAGGUGGGCAUGCCCGUGGGGUCACCGCUCCUGAAGGACAACAUCUGCUACUCACCAACACCUUUGAAGCGUUAUCAUUGACGGAGAGCAGGGCUUCCAGAAAACCCGGCUGGAGCUCCUCCUGCACCUCCACUCAUCAGCCCCAAGCCACACUGCACUCCUGCCCCAUCCCACCAGGAUGGCUUGGCCUCUCCAAUGUGAAUGGACAAGGGACAGUGGAACUAACUUCAGUACCAUUGUCCUGCCCAGGAACAGUGCUGGGAUCUAGGGCAGGCAAGGGCAGUUAGGUGCCUUAGCAGCUGCUUUGGAGCUUGGGCUGAGCUCAGUGCUGAGGGACAGGAGUUUUGCCCAAAGGAGUGGCAUAAACUAGGCUUAUGGGCUUACUUACUGGGUAUGUGCUCACUGCUUGGGAAGUCAGGGGGCCUGGGCACAUUUCUGGAUGAUUGCUGAACACUGAGGUGCUGAUCUUUUACAGUGGGCGACAUGAUUGCAACUGGAGGGAAUUCAUGGACCAGACGGCUUCCCAUCUUUUUUAUUGACAGUUGGGAGCUUUCUAGUCUCGGGGAGCUGCAAGGGGGUGAGUUGGGCUCCCUGGCCCACAUGUAGCUCUUGUGUGAAUCCAAGAAACUGCCUUCCUCAAAGGGCCCUUUUUCCCCAGCCAUUUCCACUCAUCAUUAUCUAGUGUUUUUCUUUCUCUCUCUCUUUUUUUGA